CAUAACAGUCCUACCAUAACUGAAAAAGAAGAAAAGGAGGUGGAGGAGAAAAGGGUUGCAAGUGAGGUCAGAGAUGGGUCAGACUUUCACUGAAAACCAGGAAAAAAAAUUCAUGAUUUCUCUCUUUCAGUUGCAUUACAAUCCCUUUUUAACUGAUUUUUGGCAGUCUCACACGUGUAAAACCCAUGCUAUUGGCAUUCUUUCAAUUGGGUAUUGCUUGUUUUCUUUGGAUCUCCAUCAAAACUCACAUCCCUCUGAGCUUCAACACAUUCCCAAGAGCCUCCAUUUCUGGCUUUAAAGUUGAAGCCUAUAUUUCUUGAGGAACAUAUUCUUGAGUAAUGGAUGAAAAGGGGGUCUUAAAUCCGUGUUUGGUUACAUCUGAAGAUAAAAGUGAAAGCUUAUAUCCAAUGUUCUUUGGUGUUUCUUGUGCAUUAUUCGCACUCAGGCUCUUAUCAAGGUCUGAAACGAAUGAUGAGAAAUGGUUAGAAACUAGGAAUAGAUUGCUUCAAGGAAGUGCUCACCUGUUGGGAUUGCUUGUUUGGAGAGUUCAGAGAGAUGAAUGCAACAGUACUGAAAAGGGUGAGAUCCUUUGUAAACUUGAAAUUGCGAAGAGAGAGAUUGAAGGGUUGAAGAGAGUGAGAAGUGAAGAUGCAAAGGCAAAUGACAAAGUCGUGGGCAUAUUUGCUUCCCGAGAGCAGAGUUGGUUAUCUGAAGGAAAGAAGCUUCAACGCCAAAUUGGAGCACUUUUAAAUGAAUUAAGAGUCAUGCAGACUAAAAGGGACAAAUCUAUUUCUGAAUUGAAUGAUAAGUUAGAAGAGAAGGCGUGUUUGUUGCGGUCCAAAAAAAAUCUAAUGGAGUUAGAAGAGAAGAAGAGAAGUGAGCUAGAAGAAAAACUAAAUGAGUCUGUAAAAGGUGUGGAGGAAUUGAGAGAGAAUGCGAAAUGCCAAGCCCAAGAGCAUUCCUUGGUGAUUUGGAAACACAAAACCGCUUUCAUUGAGCUUGUUUCUAACCAUAGACAGCUUGAGGCUGAGAUGGGUCGAGCCCUCAAGCAAAUCGAGGCUGCAAAGCAAGAGCUUGAAUCGGUUUUAGAGCAAAAGGAUGAAUCUGUUUUAAUGGCUAGGAAACUAUCAAUGGAUCUGAUUAAAACACAAAAGGAUUUGGAACAAAAAGACAAGAUCUUGUCAGCUAUGCUGAGGAAAUCAAAAUUGGACUCAGAACAGAAGCAAAUGCUUUUGAAGGAAGUGAAAUUAUUGAAGGCAAAGAGAAAGCAAGCUGAGGUUGAAACAGAAAGGUGGAAAGCAGUUUCUGAGUCUAGACGCGAUAGGCAUUCGUUGAAAAGUAUGAUGUUUAAGCAUUCCAGUUCAAAAUCGGAGGCUUUAUUAGAUGGGAGAGGGGCGCGUUCUAAUGCAAUGGUGCCAUCACAGAGUGGAUGGAGUAGAACAAAGAAAACUGAUUUUCUUCCAGAGGAGCAUCAAAAAGAGAUGGAAGUUAUUAUUUCUCCACUUUAUGAGCAGUACUCACCCGAAGGAAAUGAGGAACUCGUGUUUGCAGAUGAUGUUAAGCAGUUGGAGGGUUGGGUUCGAUCUGAAGCUGAAAAAUAUGCUAAUUUAGUUGAGCAAAGGCAUCACCUAGAAAUAAACGCCUUUGCCGAACAACUGAGACUUAAGGAUGAGAAAUUAAAAGCUUUUCGUUGGCAUUUACUAAGCUUGGAACUGGAAUCAAAGCAGCUACAGUCCCACAUUGAAGGGCUUAACCAUGAUCUAUCACAACUCAGGCAAGAGAAUGUGAAACUGGAAGCUUUGUUAUUGGAUCGGGAAACUGAGGUAAAUUUAUUGAAGCAGCAGUUAGAGCCCCUAAGUUGCCAAAAGACAGACUUAAAUUCAUUUUCACAGAAUCAGGCAAUGGGCUAUGAAACUGUUUGGUCCAAAGUCAAUAUCAUAAAGAGGAAACCAGGGGACAAAGAACAAGAAACAAAUUCAAUGGACAUUUCACAAGAAGUGGAGCAUCAAAAAGAAGAGGAAUCCUCAAGCACAAGGCAGUCCAAAGAUAUAAUUUUGACGGUCCAAUCUCCAGAAAAGGAAUUUGAGGAAGAAAAAGAUGUCGCUUUGGACCCAAGUUCCAUUCGAGAGUUUCAUGCUAGCCCAGAAGAGGUUGACAUUGUUGAAAAUUCAGCAUCAUCCAGCCAAUGCUCGAGUAAGAGCAUUGUUUCACCCUGGAAGAUGGACCUUCACGCUCUCGGAGUUUCUUACAAGAUCAAGAGGCUCAAACAACUCCUUCUCAUGAUCGAGCAGUUGAUAGGAAAACAUGAAAGGUGUGAAGAUAGGGAAGGUGGUGAUGAUAAUGUGCAGGCUGGAAUAAAGGGAUUGCACAUACUAAUGUCAUUGUUGAAUAAACAAGUUAGUCGAUACGAGUCCCUCCAAGGGAAGAUUGAUGAACUUUGCAAGCGGAUGCAUGAAAAGGAUUUGGAUGUGACGCGUGGAGGUUCUAGUAUUGCCAAAACAAAAGAGGAAAUUCGAACACUAGAGCAGUUCCUCGAGGAAACAUUCCAGCUUCAGAGAUACAUAGUUGCAACGGGACAGAAGUUGACGGAAAUACAAUCCAAGAUUGCCUCGGGAUUUGUUGAAGCUAUGGAGAAUAUAGAUGGGCCUGCCGACUUUGACAUGAAGAGAUUUGCUGAUAAUGUUAGAACCUUCUUUCGGGAAGUCCAAAGGGGUCUUGAAAUCCGGAUAGCUCGGUUCAUUGGCGAUCUUGAGGGUACAUUGGCUUGUGAUGGGAUUAUACAUCUGAGAAAGUAGUAAAAAUGAGGCCUUAGAGGAUUCUGAGGUAUAGGUUUUUCUUGCUGAGCAAAUUUGCAUAGUGAAAUUUCUCAGCAAUUUUUGUAUGCAAUAGAAAUCCAUUGGGUCUGUCUUUUGUGUUUAGUUAUUGACCCAAAAUCAUAUAUGUAAACUACACAUGUCCUGUCAUUAUAGAUGAGAACCUUAUUUGUAUACC